AACGAAUCUUUCGCUGCAUCCGAGUUUCGCGCUCCGAUCUCGCGCCACAAUCGCGACGAGAUUCGGACGUGUCUCCGCUCGUAUGGAGAACGAUCCUCCUCGAUCGAGGACAAAUGAUCAGCAGCAACUUAAUCUCUCCGUUCUCCGUUUCACUUUCGGAAUUCCUGGACUGGACGAAUCAUACCUGCCGAGAUGGAUCGGCUACGGGUUCGGGUCGCUUCUUCUCGUAAAUCACUUCUUGGGUUCUGGUCCUACCAGCGAAGCUCAGCUGAGAUCAGAAGCCUUGGGCCUGUCACUUGCUGCAUUUUCCGUAGCUAUACCGUACAUUGGAAAGUUCCUCAAGGGUGCUGCAAUGGCAGAACAGAGAACUCUGCCUGAAGAGGGGAGCCAGAUUUUCAUUAUAUCGUCAAAAAUUCCAGAUACUUUGAAGGAAGAUCUUGCAUGGGCAACAUAUGUUCUACUGAGGAAUACAAGUACGAUAGCUGUGUUGAUAUCAGUUCAAGGUGAGCUUUGCGUUCGUGGGUAUUGGAAUAGUCCGGUUCAGAUGUCGAAAGCUCAACUACAUGAUCGGUUUCAGAAUAUAGAUGAAAUCAGCUUGUCGGAUGUGAAGGAGAUACUUUAUUUCCCUCAAUAUUCAGGUUCUGCUUCAUGGGAAAUACUUCCAGAUGGGACGCGUUCUCUUCUGGUGCAACCAUUUGUACAGAGUAUGAAUGAAUCACAAAAGAUGGAAGGGUUUUUGAUGGUCGCUUCUACUACUGAAUAUGCAUAUAGUGACAAAGAUAGAGCCUGGAUUCAAGCUAUAGCUAACAAAUUCAGAGGAUCAUAUGUGGUGUAAUUUUUUAUCUGUAUCUUGAAGAUUGACAACAAGUUCCUAAAGAAACUUCUCCAGGCCAUAUACCAAAUUCUGCAAAUCCGAGAGGAACGAUGAAAGUUGCUCAGAUCAAGUGUAAACCUGCAUCCAGCAGCCUGAACCAUGAGAUUUGUCACGAGCUAUAAUUUCCAACCCCGGUAUUUUAAGAUAGAAGCUAGAAUAUUCAUGUUCUGUUCUUCUAAGAUUAUAGUUUCUUCAAUGUUAAUUCUUCCAAGACACUUAAAUGCCAAACUAAAUUACAUCUCCUGGACUCGAGAAGUAAACUGUGGUUCUCGAUGGUAGUAGUCCUGGAAGAACCAUGCUAUGAACACGGACCCCAUCUUCUCCUACUACUUGACCCCUUGCCUGGACAAAGGAACGCAGAAACACAGCUCUGUUAAAAGUGGAAGGAAGCCAUUAUAACAGCCUGCUGCAGAAGUAUAGAUCCUAUGGAUAGAGUUGGUGCCACCAGGCAACCCUAACAUGAUGAACGGGAAACUAGAUCAAACACCGGCAGACGUUCUUGUCUUGGCGAAAUAAGAAGAAGAUACCGAAUUGCUGCAAUGGAGCAUCUCACCCUCUGCUCACCAUGGUUGCCUUCU